AUCUGAAAUGAACACCCAAUGAUAAUAACAGCUGCUGAUAUCUCUUCCUUAAGCAAACCACUGCCGGCAGAGUGCUUAGGGCGUAUCUCAUUUCCACCAGCAUGCACACACAUACUGUACAUCUCCAGUUUUUUUCCCACCUCUUUGUCUUUUGAUGCCAGCCAGCAUCGCUUUCCAACCAGUGACUACUCGCUCAUCUUAAGUGCACACAUCUAACAAGGAUGUGAGUGGCUUUCCCCUUUCCUCCACUCCCUCUAGUGUAUCCAAACAACACUGCAUCGUGCAUCUCCAAAAGAGAGAGAGAGGGAGAGAGAGAGGGAGAGAGACCCCGCCUCCGUAUGACAUCAGUGCUCUAUUGAAGCAAAGCUAGAGGCAAACACAACUCCACAUUUGUAUUGAGAUCUAUCCGUGCACCUAUGUCCUCGCACAGCCAGCAGAUUGUGUAUGCGUGUGAUGGGGUCACCAGUAAACAUAGCAGUGGCGCUUCUGAUAAACUCCGAAUAGCUCUAGCCUUGUGAGGGAGUGUGGACUUUUUUUUUUUUAAUUAUUAUUUUUAUUUUUUAUUUGUAUUUUUCGGGAUCUGAAUUUAAGCGUGGAUUGGAUUAUUAUUUUUCACGCUGUGAAGCUAAAUAUAAGAGGAUACCUGUUACUUUCCAUUUUUGGUUGAUUAAGUUGAGAGCACCAUCCCAGGUGUGAGGAGUGCACAGCAUGACUCAAGCUGCAGAUACGUGAGAGAGGCUGUGCCCAGAAGGAUAAGCAACUUGCCUUGUUUCUCUCCUUAGUGGAGAGGAGAACACUGGUUAUCUGCUUCAGGAAAAAGGACCAGAGCCCUGGAUUAAUGUGUAUACAGGCUCAACAAGGGAGCAGAGGAUUCUGGGUUACCUGAAGACUCGGAGUACACAAGUGAACAGGCCUGGAUUGAGCCUGUGGCAGAGGGGAUUGGCAUGGCUCAGACCAGCUUUGUGUGAACUCAUCAUGCCUGCCGGCCGUGAUUGCAGACAGGAGCCUUUGCAAAAGUCCGCCACGUACAACAAACGGAUAACAAUACAACACCCAAAAAAUCUAAUUUGCGGUUAUGGCUGUUAAGCUUGACAGCUGCAGCAAUCGUUAGGAUUUUCAAUAUUACCUGAGAGUACAUGCUUUGUCAGUGGCAGGGGAUGCUUUUUGUACAGGCUUAUCUGCCAUGGUAAAUUCAUUGAAGGCAUGAGCCUCUGACCACACAGAGGAGGUCAUCGUCCAAACAAGGAUCAGCUCAGCAAACACUGACCAGGUCAGGAUAUCACAAGAAACCCCUUGGACAAACUUUUUCCUUUGAGAAAGGAUAAGAGCAAAUUCAAGAGGAAAUCUUGAUUGGAUUUUUAGGUGGCUGGAAAGGAUUUACCACAUCGUAUAAAUCAGGGGCUCUUGAGUGAUUAGACUGCCAGGGAACACGCCCUCAAGAUGGUGCGUCAGUGCAAGUCCUUCGUCCUCUUCCUCAUCAGGAUCGGGUUGCUGCUGGGUCUUGCUAACCCCUUGGUGACCUCUGCCUCAUGUCCCUCAAGUUGCCGCUGCGAUGGGACCUUUAUCUACUGUAAUGACCGUGGCCUGACUUCCAUCCCUACUGGUAUACCCCAGGACGCUACAGUGCUGUUUCUGCAAAACAAUCGCAUUAAGAGUUCGGGCAUUCCUGCAGAGCUUCGAAGGCUCACAAAGGUGGAGAAGAUCUACCUUUACUGCAAUAAUCUGGAUGAGUUUCCUACUAACCUUCCCCUUGGGCUAAAAGAGCUCCACCUUCAGGAGAACAACAUUCGGAUGAUUACCCAUGCCUCUUUAGCUCAAAUUCCCUACAUCGAAGAACUGCACCUGGAUGAUAACUCUGUAUCAGCAGUCAGCAUAGAGGAGGGGGCCUUCAGGGACAGUAGUCAUCUCCGACUGCUUUUUCUUUCCAGAAACCACCUUAGCACCAUCCCUUUAGGCCUGCCUAUGAGCAUUGAGGAGCUACGCUUUGACGACAACCGCAUCUCCACCAUCUCAGAGCAGUCGCUGCAAGAUCUCAUCAACCUGAAGCGACUAAUCCUGGAUGGUAACCUGCUCAACAACCGUGGGAUUGGCGAUAUGGCUUUCAUCAACCUGAUCAACUUGACUGAGCUUUCGCUGGUGAGGAACUCCCUCACUAUGCCACCAGCCAAUCUGCCAGGCACCAGUUUGGAGAAGCUGCAGCUACAAGAUAAUCAUAUUAAUCGGGUUCCACCUGGGGCUUUUGCCUUCCUUAGACAGCUGUAUCGCCUGGACCUUUCUGGUAACAACCUGAGCAGCCUCCCACAGGGCGUAUUUGAAGAUCUGGACAAUCUCACACAGCUCCUGCUGCGCAGCAACCCCUGGCAAUGCACCUGCAAGAUGAAAUGGGUGCGUGACUGGUUGCGGUCACUGCCAUCUAAGGUGAACGUACGGGGUUUCAUGUGCCAGGGUCCUGAUAAGGUCAAAGGGAUGGCAAUUAAAGACCUAACUACAGACAUGUUUGACUGCACAGAUUCAGAGCUCUUCUCCACAUACGAGACGAGCACAGUCUCCAACACUCUACGCCCAUCACAGCCCCUGUGGCCCGUGUUUGUGACUAGGAGGCCUAUAAUAAAAGGGCCUGACAUCAGUAAAAAUUACCACAGCACUACCACCUCUUCAGGCAGAAAGAUCAUCACCAUCAGUGUGAAGUCAAGUAGUGCAGAUACCAUACACAUAUCAUGGAGGGUGUCGCAACCCAUGACUGCCCUGCGGCUCAGCUGGCUAAAGCUGGGGCACAGCCCUCCCUUUGGCUCUAUUACUGAAACCAUUGUGCAGGGGGAGAGAACAGAGUAUCUGCUCACGGCGCUGGAGCCAGAGUCUUCCUAUAGAAUAUGCAUGGUUCCCAUGGAGACCAGCAACAGUUACCUGUCUGACGAGACCCCCGUCUGCAUCGAGACAGAGACUGGCUCUCACAAGUCAUACCACCCGACUACAACUUUAAACAGAGAACAGGAGAAGGAGCCUUACAAAAAUUCCAGUCUGCCUUUGGCUGCUAUCAUUGGAGGGGCUGUGGCUCUUUUGGCAAUAAUCAUGUUGGCGCUGGUGUGUUGGUACGUCCAUAGGAAUGGUUCACUUUUUUCCAGGAACUGCACCUAUAACAAAGGCCGUCGGAGAAAGGAUGACUAUGCUGAGGCCGGCACUAAAAAGGACAACUCCAUCCUAGAAAUACGAGAAACUUCUUUUCAGAUGAUACCUAUAAAUCACCUGCCUGUGUCCAAGGAGGAAUUUGUGAUACACACAAUUUUCCCACCUAAUGGCCUGAGUUUAUACAAAAGUCCACAUAAUGACAACAGUAUUAACAACAGGAGCUACAGAGACAGUGGAAUACCAGAUUCAGACCAUUCCCAUUCAUGAUAUUGCAUACGGACAUUCAUGAGGUGUGCUUGACUCAAACAGAGUGGCAAGACUUUUACAAAACACUGGAUCUAUAAGACUAAGGAAGCAAUGUUCUGUACAUUUGCCAUAUAAUUUAUAUUUAAGGACAUUUUAUGGAGAUGGAGAACGUUCCAGUUGCGGGCCAUCACUGAACCAUCAGUGGGUAUGGUAACCAACUGCAAUUCUAUAUUUUAGGGAUUUGUAGUAAUUUGUACUGUAUUUCCUUUGCUUAAGGUUAUCGACCAACAAAAGAAACUCUGUGUUCUACUAAGAUAUGAUGACUUGUCAACUGUGAAAGUGGGUUUUCAUUGCUGUGUUGAACAAUCAGACUUUAGAAAACCUUGUAGUAUAAGCACAGGUCAUUCUUUUAACUUUGUGGCUGUCAGAAAAACAAAAAGGCAAAAAAAUGACAUGACGUAAACUAAGGCACAGCUGAUCAACUAAUAUACAAAGCAGGCAUGUUGCCAUCUAAAACAACGAGCAGUCAGUAGCUGUCUCCAUUUAUUACGGACCAAGAAUCUUACUCCAGUAUUCACCAGGUGUGGAGUACGGAAACUAAAGAUGAGGUGUCAUGCUUUUUUUUUCUCUUUGUUCGGUGUGUUAUUUUGUUCUGUUUGCAGGAAGAAGAAAUACAGCAAAGCAACCCAAGCAGGGCUAAAAUGUCUCUGAUAGGAUUGUAGGCCACAGCACAGGGCAGAUAAAGCACACUGACCUAAAGGAGCCCUCUGCUCCUCGAAACAAGUAGACAGGACAGGCUGACACAGAGGACCCCCACUAUCUCUAUUUGUACAAGCCAACAAUGGCUAAAUGACAAUGGCGGCAUUCUUCAGUACCGUGUACCAUACGUCAUUGUAGUCACCAGGCCAAAAACACAAAACAUGCUGGCUUUUAUUAGAAUUACCACAGUGUCAGCAGCUCUUUCUUGUUAUGAGUAUUAUUUUGUAGUAUUUUUUUCUUUCAAAUGAACACACUUAUGUUGCCACAAUUUGAAGUCAACUGUUAUUUACAAUUGAAAACCAAAGUGCAUUGUAUGCCCUUUGGCCAGUCUUGUAUGUGCCUUGAUCCAAUGCUUAUUGUAUUUAGCUUUUUAAGAAACCAGUGACUUUUUUUCAUACACACUUGAAUAUGAAAAAUAUUGGUCAUAUUACAGAAUAAAAGUGAAAAAAAA